GGUUUCCUGAGUAGUGCAGCCUUUUCUAGUAAACAGGAACUUAUACCAACCUUCACAAGCGCACCUUUGUCUCUGCGUGCACUUUAUGGUGAUUCUGCACUGCAUCACGAUGUCCUGUCAGCGUCCUUAUCUGAAUCCGCGACUCCCAUUCACGGGCUGUAUCCAAGGCGGCCUGUUUGAAGGGAAGACCGUCACCGUGACAGGACGAGUCCUGGCAGGGGCAGAGAGGUUUUGUGUGAAUUUGCAAAGUGGCACCAAGGCAAACAGUGAUAUCAUCCUCCACUUCAACCCACGCUACAGCGGUAACUCGGGCCACGUGGUGUGUAACACGCUGCAGAGUUCCUGCUGGGGUUCCGAGCAAUGUAGCAAACACACCCCACUUCCCAGAGGCUCUGACUUCACCCUCACCUUCCUGGUCAACCGAGACUCCUAUUCGGUGAUCGUGAACGGAGUACAUUUCCUGGAGUACCUGCACCGCCUCCCUGCCUCCCGCGUGAACGCGAUCUCUGUGAACGGAGGUGUAGAGAUCACGUCCAUCACUUUCCAAAAUCCGGCUACCUCGUGGGUGGCACAACCCAGCUUUGCACGCACGGUGAAAGCUUCUUACGCUGUCCAUGGCUUGGGUGCUACACCUCCUCCGUACAGUCCUCCACUUGCUUAUGUGUUGCCAUAUAAAGCCAUUAUCCAGGGUGGAAUUUACCCGGGCAGAGUCAUCACUGUACAGGGCUGUGUCAACCACAACGCUGACAGGUUCAACAUCAACCUGCGUUAUAACUCUGGCAUUGCGUUCCACUUCGAUCCGCGUUUCAACGAGAACGUAGUGGUGCGCAACAGCCUGAUAAAUGAGUGCUGGGGUCGUGAGGAGAGAAGUGGUGGCAUGCCCUUCUACAGAGGCCAGCAGUUUACGGUGAGCAUCACGUGCGACACUCAAUGCUACAGGAUCGCGGUGAACGGCGCACAUAUGUUCACCUACAACCACCGUCACUUCCUGUUCCAGCAGAUCGACAUCCUGGAGGUUGAUGGAAACAUCAGCGUCAGUUCUGUCGUGGUUUAAGGGCAGGUCGUUAUGUGUAGCGCUUUAAAGUAUAAACUGUAAAACCAGUUCAAACCAGUAUAAUACUUUAAAUGUAGCACAUAUUGUACUCUGGGAAAAUUGUACAGCAUCAAAAGCAGUAAAGAUAGCUAUGCAACACUGCUGAGACGAUAUCUUACUAAUACAAUAAAACCUAUAGGUUCAUUAA